AUGUCUGUUCACCUUCGUCACGCCCGCUUACAGCAUUUCUCCGUGCUCCUCCAUGCAGCUGAACCCCCCCAAAAGGAGGAGCUCCUAAAGCAGUGCAGCGGCGAACAUGAUCAGAUCGUGCGUCAGUGCAAAGAUGAGUGGAAAAGAGACUCCCGACUGCUGGUGAAAGAUGCUUCUAAAGGGCCGACCUUUGUGGAGCAAAGCCUGCGUGUCACGCUGCACCCAGGGAUGGUGUCAGGGUCCACACACAAUGAGCUGGAGAAGAAUAGACGAGCUCACCUGCGGCUGUGUCUGGAGCGUUUGAAGGCUCUUAUCCCACUGGGCCCGGACUGCACUCGCCAUACCACUCUGGGCCUGCUCAACAAAGCCAAAGCACAUAUAAAGAAACUUGAAGAAGCGGACAGGAAGAGCCAGUACCAGCUGGAGUCUCUGGAACGCGAGCAGAGGCACCUCCAGCGCCAACUGGAGCUGCUGGGCGGAGGCGGCGGCGUAGCCGGGGAGGGGGAGAGGUUACGCAUGGAUAGCGUGGGCUCCACCCUCGGCUCCGACCGCUCUGAUUCUGACCAAGAGGAGAUCGAGGUGGACGUGGAAAGCACGGAGUUCUCCCAUGGAGAGCUGGACAGUGUGAGCACGGCCAGCACCAGCGACCUGGAUGACCACAGCAGCCUGCAGAGCAUGGCCAGUGACGAGGGCUACUCCUCCUGCAGUGUCAAACUUGCCUUCUCCUCCUAGAGGCGCCACGCCACCAUCACCAUCACCACCACCACCACCGCUAACUCCUCCUCCUCCUCCUCCUCCUCUUAUUUCUCCGACUGCCUGCCCUCCCAUCUGGUAUGUCUGUUCACCUUCGUCACGCCCGCUUACAGCAUUUCUCCGUGCUCCUCCAUGCAGCUGAACCCCCCCAAAAGGAGGAGCUCCUAAAGCAGUGCAGCGGCGAACAGUAAACACCUGAUUUUAAUCAUUUUUAAACCCACCCGAUUUGAAAUGAAUGAGUUUCCUUGUAGUGUCUUUGAAGAAUUGACCCCUAACACGACCUAAAAUGCACUUAAAAUAGUUUCCUAAUCCGCCAAUAACAAGUUGGUGACAUCAUCCUCCUCAUCAUCAUCACCAUCAUCCGCCCCUUGAACUCUGGUCUUACGUGGGGACACUCGACUCGGUGCUAUUGUGACAUCACGCCAACAGGGAUGCGCCGCCCUCACGCAUCUAAAGCGGAAGCGGUUCCGCUCCCAAGCUGACACGGACCAAGACGACAGCAGAAGUCAUUCCUGUUGAAUGUGUGUGCACGCUGUGUGUGUGUGUGCGUGUGUGUGUGUGUGUGCAUCCCCCGCCCCCCACCGGCCUCCCUACAGGCUACCCUGCACUUAAAUUAUUUCCAGCUGUCCGUCGACGCGGCACAAAACCCUCAAACCACAGCGACAAACACACUUUUGAAGAGACGUCCACCUUCUUUCCAGCAGUAACAAGCAAUAACUCUUCAAGUCAUCACAUCACUUUCAUCUCUUCCCCGCUCGCUCGUCACCGUCCAACAAGAAGCAGAUUUUUUUUUUUUUUGUACAUACAAAUAGCUUAAUGAAUUAAUGUUAUAACACGAGUAAGGUAGAUCGAGCUCGUGAAUAGAACAUUGGCCUCCGUUGCGCGACUUGUGUUUUGUUGUGCUUAUUUGGAAGCGCAGUGGGCGUGGUUUAAGCACUGUUAUCACUCAGUGGGCGUGGUUUAAACACUGUUAUUGUUGCUGUACAUGGAGGAUGCAGCGUUUUAAUUUAUUGCUACACAUCUUUUGGUGCGCGCGUGUGUGUGUGUGUGUGUGUGUGUGUGUGUGUGUGUGUGUGUGUGUGUGUGUGUGUGUGUGUGUGUGUGUGUGUGUGUGUGUGUGUGUGUGUGUGUGUGUGUGUGUGUGUGUGUGUGUGUGUGUGUGUGUGGCAUUCCACUGGUGGUCAGGUGAUCUGUGGAGGAGGAGGAAAGAAUAAACAAACGGGUCGUGACCAAGUUAGCCUUCCCUAAAUCCACCGGCAUUAAGAAUUGCACUUCGCCCACACUUGGUUUUAUUUUUUAUUGUCCCAUCUCUCAUUUUCCAACUGAAUGAAUAGUGUGAGAAAUGUGGAAUAUUUAUUUCUCCACCACUCAAAAUUAACUUAUUUGAGUCCCCCCCCCUUCAUUCCUUACUAUGUGUAUUUGAUGCUUUAUUUUUUCGGGGAAAUGUGUGUGUGGGUUGGACGGUAAUAUAAUGUAGCCAUUUUUUUGUUGUUUGUUUUGUUUUUGUUUUAUGUUUUAUUCUAUGGACACUUGAAAUGUAAAAGGGCCCCUAAGCUGCUCCUAGUUGCUGAGCCGCUUGUGACGUCAUCGCCUGUCUUGUCAUCCAUGUUUGAAACCACUGGAUUGGCUUCCCUCCAAACUACCGUAUAUUCCGGACUACAGAGCACACCGGUAUUUAAGCCGCACCAUCUAGAUUUUAGAAGAAAAAAAUAUUUUUAUACAUAGUAGCCGCAGGUAUAUACGUUGUGAAAUAAGUCACUUACACAGAAAUAUUUUAUAAAUGUUUAUUUACAUACCUUAAUUAUUUCCAAACGGUGCCUGUAACACGGCAGUAAAACGGCUGAUCAAACAAAACAGAAGUCCACCAGCUGCGAAAGCUAGCUCUCCAAUCAGCAAAUCGACUCAAUAACUCCACAGUCACAUCUUGGUGAAUUUACUGAGGAAUUUGUGGAACUGAAACAAUACAAAAAGAUUGCCAAUGUAAGUUAAUAACACUAACGCAAACACUAAUGCUAACAAUGCAAGCCUUUUUAACAUUACGAUGGCACGUACGCAUAUGCAUGAAAAAGCUCCUACAGACAUCACAAAUGGGACAGUUUAGUUAGUAUUAAUAGUUUUAGUUAUAUUGUGGAACUUACAAACGUUGCUUGGAGUGAUGAAUGAAGAAAUCAUACGAGUAGAAACGCUAUAGAUAGCUAGAAGACGGAACGGCACUUGUACUUCCGGUUCAACGCAUUAAAGUGUAGACGUUCAUUCCGCAGAGCCUGCAGUGAGUGAACUCGUCAGAAAGACAAUAAUGAUACAAUUAAUUUUACCAGUGUCUAAAGCUAUUUGUUGAACGCAAAACAUUAUUAUGGCCGCUAGUGAAGAAACAUCCAUAAAUUAGCCGCACCAUUUUAUAAGCCGCAGGGUUCAAAGCGUAGAAAUAAGUAGUCCGGAAUUUACGGUAAAAGCCUGCUGAUCCAAAAGAGAAUAGGAUUUUCUCCUGUGGGUGACGGGGUCGUCCUGAGCCAGCGACUACCCAAACUGGGGUCUUUGGGAAAAAAAAAAAAAAAAAAAAAAAGUCCCUUUCCUCUCGUAGGAGGAUGGGGAUAAACAUACAGUAGGGAAGACAUUCAUGUGGCCAGAGGAGGGUGAAUCAUUUUGCAACGCAGUCUGCUGAAAAUGAUGGUAAAGCGCCGCUCUGGUCAAAGUUGGAUUUGCCACAAAACACAUCCUCAAAUAUCCAACGUUGGCGUCUAAAGUGGGUGGCGCGCACUCCUCCUUCGUCACGUUUCACGUGUCAGGCCACAUGGAUCCCCUCCCUACUGUGCUAGACUUGUGUUGUAGUUGACAACGUGUGUCUUACUUGGGACAAGGGGAUUGGAAGACCAGAACAAAUCCCCUGUGGUGGACUCUGAGCUUGUUGGCGCCGAAUUGGAAAGUGACCACUUUGGUGCUGAGUCCUAAAGAAGAAGAAAUGCCAAAAGCACGUUAGAACACCGCAGUGUCCUCUCUCUCUCUCUCUCUCUCUCUCUCUCUCUCUCUCUCUCUCUCUCUCUCUCUCUCUCUCUCUCUCUCUCUCUCUCUCUCUCUCUCUCUCUCUCUCUCUCACUUUGAGAGACAGUUUACAUUGAUUCUGCUUCCCUUUUGUUCCCUCGUCCUUCUCGCCUCGCGGCACAUCUGACAGAGGGUUCCGUUCCAAACAAGCAACCUUAAAAGUGCACCUGCGUGGCUUUCCAGGGCGGGCUGAGCAGCCGGGCCAAGAGAAAGUACAAGUCGCAGUGUUUUGUUUUUGUUUCUGUUGUCCUCGUCGUUGUUGUUUGGAACCCGCACUCCAUUCCAGUGUCGCUGAAGAAAAAAAAACGGGUCCAUGAGGCGAAGUCAAGGGCAACCAAACCUGUUCUGAACCUGUGAUCAUCCUUUGUGAAACACUCUGAUCAAUGUUUGGUUGCAAAGUUGGAAAUGCAAUACUUACAAUAAAAACAAGAUUUUCAAACCUGA